AUGCGACCAUCACGACUUUUCCCGCUAGCUGGUGGUAGAAUGCAGGUGACCAAGGGUAUACGAAAUACAAUGAUACGAAAAUUCGAUACGUAUAAAAAAGUACGACGAGUUUUGGUAUUAGCUACGGCUACCGGGACAACAGGUUUCGCAUUAGUACCAUUUCUGAGCAAGAAGUCAGAAGACAGUGUCUCUGAGGAAACAGCAAAAAUAGAGCGUUUCAAGCAAGAAGCUGAUACACUGUACAGCGUUUAUUUGAUCGAAAAUGCAUACAACGUCUUAAGGAGAUUUUCAUCAGGUAAUGAUCCACAAAUGCUUUGGCGAUUGGCUCGUGUAUUAUGCGAAAAGGCGAAAAUGUCUAAGGACAAAGAUGAUAGAAAACGCUUCAUGUAUGAUGCCCUGAAAAUGGCUGAGAAAGCACUUGAUAAUGAAGGUGAAAGGUCUUGUUGGGAAGCUCAUAAAUGGUAUGCUAUUGUGCUAAGUUAUGUAUCAGAACAUGAAGGUACCAGAGAACAAGUUCGACAAUCUUUCGAAAUCCGCAAACACCUAGAAAAAGCACUUAAUUUAAAUUCUACUGAUGCGACUACUUGGCAUGCACUUGGCGUGUGGUAUUUUACAUAUGCAGAUUUGCCAUCAUGGAAAGCUUCAAUAGUAAAGGCACUGUUCGGAUCAGUUCCAUUGGCGACAUACGAAGAUGCUUUGAGGUGCUUUCAAAAAGCUGAGUUUAUCAAGCCGAAUUUCGAUUCUUCAAAUUUGUGGUACUUGGCAGAAGUAAAAACCAGACUUGGUCAAAAAGAAGAAGCUUUUGAACUUUAUAAAGCUGCAUUCAAAAUGCCAGUUAUUACGAUGGAUGAUGGUGAUACUCAUGAUAAGGCAUACCAAAAAUUACGGAAGCUUGGUGUAAAGGAUUUUACUAAACUCUAA